UACUCUCAUCCCCUCAUCUACCCCAGAUCAACUACAGCAAUAGUUCAGUGCCUAUACCUACACCAAAUACAUUACUCCCCGAGAUACCUUGUUGAUGACUUCCAGAUCGUAUCCUGCCCAGUGGACUUUGCGGACCUUGCUGUCAUCAAACUGGCGAAGACUGAACUUUAUCUUCAAACGCGCGAUGUCUUUUGCUCCAAUGGAUUCGUGUACGCUAUCAACUAUGGAUACACGCAAGCUCAGGUUAUUGUUCUCUAUUUCUUCAGUUCUUUUUUGCAAUUGAGCGUGGGAUCCGUCCUAUUGAAAUAA